AUGAAGAUGAGGAGGAGAACCCAGAUCAUUCUUUCACUUGUAAUACAACUCUUGGUCAUUCCGAGUCAUUUACAUGCCCGAUUCGAUCGAUCACAAGGCAAUAGUCCCACGGUAGCAAAUGAGGUUCGGGUUGGAGUGAUUCUCGAUCUGGGUUCAUGGGUUGGGAAGACAAUUCAUAGUUGCAUUACCAUGGCAAUUUCUGAUUUUUAUGCUGUGAAUAGUCACCACAAAACAAGGAUUGCGCUUCAUACCAGGGAUUCCAAAGGAGAACCCUUGCAAGCUUUAUCAGCAGUGAUUCAUCUCCUAAGUGAUCGAGGGCAAGAUCAUCUUCUUAUGCUAAAAUCCGAGGGACGACAACGGCACAGCUUUCCAAAUCGUAGUUUGUCGGCGAACAUGGACGGUUAG